AUGCCGGUCGGUAGUCGGUAUCACUACUGCGAGCGGUAUGGCGGCGACCCGCUAUCUGACGUUGACGAUGUUUCGAUGGCUGAUGCGCAGAGCGAGCUUUCCGACGAUGAGCCUGAACCGCUCAUUGUCAGCGACAUUGCUACCCCGACCCCGAAGACGGGCCCUGUCCAUCCUGUCAAGCGUGGUGCUGGUCGACCUUUGAAGAAGUCGAAAUUGCCCACCUCGACAAAGGCAGACACCAAGAAAGCAUCAGCAAGAAACGGUACGGAGACUGGUCUUCAGGACGGCAAAAGUGAUGCUUCCAUCUCCGGUGAGGAUGAUCAAGAUUGUGCUUCGGAUGGCGAUGAUCUUGAGCCAGAGGACGGAGAACCUCUUGUUUCCGAGUUUCAGAGCUCGAGGCGCUUGUUUCCUUCCCGGCCUAUUGGUAGACAUGCCUCGAGCGGCGUCGACAACGGCAAGGGUGUUCCUAACGAGUUGGAAGAACUUAGUAGUACUGACGGUGAGGGCCAACCUGUGUCGCCUACUCCCGCCAAGCGAGGCCCAGGCCGCCCUCCCAAGAAAGACCACUCUUCAAGCCUGAUGGCAAGGCCCAUCGCCGAGAAGAAACGUGCGAGCAGCUCAGCUGAUUCUUCGAAGCCCCGCCGCUCGUCCCGGCUCCAUCCCUCUGUCAGUGGCAGUGGCCCUGUGACCAAGGCAAAGCCUGCUAAGGGGGCUAAAGGAUCUUCGCCGAUGAGAUUCACUCAGACUACUCCCCAAAAGUCUACCGGGAACAAACUGUCUACACCUCAAUCAACCGCUUCGAAGGUGCACAAGCGCCGAGGACGACCCUCGAAGGCCAAGACGUCCAUGAAACGCGAACAGGACGCCGAGCAGGAAUGGGAGGUUGAGUCCAUCGAGGACUCUCUCAUUGACCGCAAAGGAGGCGUUCACUACUAUCAAGUCAAGUGGAAGGGCUUUCCAGCGAGUCAGAAUACUUGGGAGCCCCGCGCCAGUCUAUCCAAGUGUAAGGACAUGAUCACCGCUUUUCAACAGCGUAGCAAGAAGACGCAGAAGUCCAAAAGAUAG